UAGACACGUAAGCAAAGUCACACCUGCUGCCAGAAGUCUGUGUACAAGGAUAACAUUCAGCUUAAAUUCAUAACAUUGACAACAGCAAAAUCAUGGUUCUGCAGGGCGAGGAGAAGAUGCCUCAACCCAAGGUGAAGCUGGUGGUGACAGGAGAUGAUUUUGGGUACUGCGAGAGAAGAAAUCAAGGGAUUGUGGACUGCUUUAAAGCUGGUGGGAUCUCUAACGUCUCUCUUCUGGUCAAUGCAGUCUCAGCGGAGCACGCGGCAGACCUGGCCAAAAGGAAUCACAUCCCCAUUGGGCUCCAUGCGAAUCUUUCAGAGGGUCUUCCAGUGUCUCGGGAUCUAAAGGGCUCCACGCUCCUCAACAAGGAUGGAUUCUUCCAUGGCAAGAUGGGCUUCCGGGAAGUUUUGCAGUGUGGUCAUCUCAAGAUGUCAGAGGUGGAGGCAGAGCUCAGAGCCCAGGUAAAUCGAUUUUGUGAACUUAUUGGCCACGAACCCUAUCAUAUGGACGGCCACCAGCAUGUGCACGUGCUGCCAGAGGUGCGAGAGGUGUUCGCCCAGGUUCUCUCUGAUUUUGGGAUCACCUACACACGGGUGCCCAUAGAACCCGGUCUUAAAUUUUGCACCUUCCUCCCGCCACAUCUGCGAGACUUCAAUGCACAGGUUGAAAAAGAUGCCCUUGAAUCUAUGGAGGUCUUUCAUCGCUAUGGAAUUAGAUGGCCUGAUGUAUACCUGGGCCUGAGCACCAUGGGUAAAAACAUGUCUGUCCCCAACCUGAAACGUGCUUUGGGCUUCACGCUGGACACUUCACUAGAUGAUGCUGUGUCCUCCUCAUUGAUACAGUGCAAUGAUGCUGUGACUGACUCCUAUCGUCCGGUUACAGCAGAGCUUAUGGUGCAUCCAGGAUAUCCGAGUCAGCCUCACCAGGGCGGAUGUGGAGAAGGACCAGAUGACUUCUCACAGUCUGCAGACCGACUACAUGAGCUUAACACUUUGAGUGACCCUUUUGUUCUUAACUACUACAGACAACAGGGGAUCCACCUCUGCGCCUUUAAAGACUUUUAAACCCUUAGGCCAGAGUAUUUAAGGUUUGGCACACUGAAUGUCUUCUGCUUUAAGGAAACAAUAUCUUAACCCAUACCUCAAUUAGUCAUAUAAGUGCUUGGCUUGGGUAAGGCAGAAAAUCAGAAUUCGAAAGCCCAUAUAAAAUGUGUUUUGAAGCUGCUUCUUCAAGAAGAGCUUAAACAACUGAAUUAUACUUAUUCUUCAACAGGAACACAAGAUACGAUUAGAUUGACCUCUUUUUAAAUUUCUCAACUAGACUUUUAAUUUAAAUUUUAAUGCAGCUAGCCAUUUCAACACAGAGAGCUGUAUCCUUAUACUAGGAAACUGCAAUUUUAUCUGGACUUGUUUCUAAAAAUGUUGCCUCAUUUGUGCAAGUUUCUCUAAAAAGCCAUAUAUUAAUAUUGUACAGAACUGUAAAAUCCAACAACAACGCCAUAUUUAAGACUUUAUCGUACUGGAUGUAGAUUUGAACUCCACCGAACAUGUAGCAAUUACUUUAUUUAAAAAUCAAAGGUAUUUUUGGGUACAAUGUUUUUAAUGAAUGUAUUUAUUAUUUUUUUAUGAACCUGAAAAAAACAAAAACAAAAAAAACCUACUCUGGAUUUCUUUCUGAAAUGUAAAAAUAACUUUGGAACAAGUAUUACGAUGGUUGAAGUGAUUUAAGUUUAAAAAAAUUAUUAGAUAAUUAUUAUACGAGCACAGCAAAUUUGCUGCACAAUAUUUUGUGUGUAAAAUAGGCCUACUAGUAAACACUUGUAACGAUAUUCAAACCGAACCAAAAAACACGUAGGCCAAAAGUCGGCCUACACCAAUCACAGUAUGUACCACGAUACUCUCUUGAUAUCCCACCCCCUGCGUAUGUUUUGGCACAUAUUACCAUAAGUAAUGUUGUCCAAUGACUUGU